UAGUAAAAAUGGAAAGUAUGAAUGUGGAAAAUUUUGAUUGUGUGUAUAAUAUCCAGUCAUUACUCUCUAACCUCAAACGCACCAAUUGAAUUAUUAUUGUUAACCCUCUUUUGAAUUCUACGUUACUUCAUUCCCUCUGCAACAUACUCACUCAAUAACACAAACACAAACAACUGUGUCUUGUCGCUUUUGUUUCUCAUUCUCACAAUGUCCACAAAAACCUUCCUCGUUUACGUACUAUCAUGUUUCUCUGUCGCUCUUCUCUCUGCACUAUUUCUCAUGCAUAGUAACCAAAAUCCAUUCUCAUCAUCAUCAUUAUCAUCAACCUCUACCCGUUAUGGUUCUGGAACUGAUAGAAUUUGGCCGGAAUUGAAACCGAGUUGGAAACUUGUUUUGGCCACAGUUAUUGGUUUUUUUGGAUCAGCAUGUGGAACCGUUGGUGGUGUUGGUGGUGGUGGCAUUUUCGUUCCUAUGCUUAAUCUUCUUCUUGGUUUCGAUGCCAAAUCUGCUGCUGCUCUUUCUAAAUGUAUGAUAAUGGGGGCAUCAGCAUCUUCUGUUUGGUACAAUUUGAGAGUGGCGCAUCCGACGAAAGAGGUGCCGAUAUUAGACUAUGAUUUGGCUCUUUUGUUUCAGCCAAUGCUUAUGCUUGGGAUUACUCUUGGUGUUACUCUCAGUGUUGUUUUCCCUUUCUGGCUUAUUACUGUCCUCAUUAUCAUUCUCUUCAUAGGAACUUCUUCAAGGUCGUUCUUCAGAGGAAUUCAAAUGUGGAGGGUUGAGACUAUUCUUAAGAAUGAAACUGCUAAGCAAGCUGAUUUGGUUAAUUCCAAUGGAGAUUAUGAAACAGUUCUAAUCGACACGAGAUAUGAGCCAUUGAUUCCUAAAGAAGAGAAGUCAACUAUGCAAAUUCUGUGUUUUAACCUUAAAUGGAAGAGGAUUCUAGUGCUGUUGGCCGUGUGGAUUUCUUUCCUCCUAAUUCAAAUCAUCAAGAAUCAUGUAGAGGUCUGCAGUGUAUGGUAUUGGGUGCUCUUCGGCUUGCAGUUUCCAAUUGCACUUUUGGUAUUCGGCUUUGAAGCAGUAAAGUUGUACAAGGAUCACAGAAAGAGGAAGGGCACAGGGAGCCUAGAGUACAUAUGCGAGGCUUCAAUAGAAUGGAGUGUUACAUCGCUUGCGUUUUGUGCAAUUUGUGGUAUUGUAGGUGGAAUUGUCGGAGGCCUACUUGGUUCGGGAGGCGGAUUUAUUUUGGGGCCUCUUCUUCUUGAGAUCGGCGUCAUCCCUCAGGUUGCUAGUGCAACAGCAACAUUUGUGAUGAUGUUUUCAUCAUCUCUGUCUGUUUUUGAAUUCUACAUUCUCAAGAGGUUCCCUAUUCCUUACGCAUUAUACCUCGUCGCAGUGUCCGUUUUGGCUGGCUUCUGGGGACAAUUCUUCGUAAGAAAACUAGUUGCGUUUCUCGGGAGAGCAUCACUCAUCGUAUUCAUCCUCUCCGCCGUUAUUUUUGCUAGCGCUCUCACCAUGGGUAUUGUUGGCACUGAGAAGAGUAUUCAAAUGAUACAGAACAAUGAAUUCAUGGGAUUCUUAGGAUUUUGUACCUCUUAAGUGGUUUAGAGUAAAAAGUAGGAAUAGCAAACAAAAGAAAAAUCAAAGGAUUCACUGAUGUUGGUUAAUGUCUGUUAACCAACAUGAAUGUUUAUAUCUCUAGGUAAUUUUUUGUAAUCAACAAAGAUUAUAAAGUUAGUGGCAAUGUUAGUUUUCAUGGUUUAAA